CGGCGUGACGGGGCGUGGCACGGGAGGCACCGUUGGUUGGUCCGCGGCUGGAGGGCGUGGCGUUGGCGGCGCCGAUGUUUGGGCACGGCCGGCUGGGCCAGGCCAUGGCCCAGCUGCUGUUCCUGGGCAUGACAGCGGCUCUGGCCCGGGGCUGCCUGCAGUGCGACCCCAAUUUCUCGGAGAAGUUCGCCUUCUACCGUCACCAUGUGAACCUCAAGUCGUGGUGGGUGGGUGACAUCCCCGUAUCGGGGGUGCUGCUCUCCGAGUGGAUCCGGAACACGAUGAAGGAGCUCCAUCUGGCCAUCCCCGCCGAAAUCACCCGGAAGAAGCUAUAUCGAGUGGCAGAAGCCGUGUACCAGAGGAUGGACCAGCUGUACCAGGGGAAGAUGUACUUCCCAGGGUAUUUCCCCAAUGAGCUGCGGGCCAUCUUCCGGGAGCAAGUGCGCCUCCUCCAGAACGCCAUCAUAGAGAGCCGCAUCGACUGUCAGCGUCACUGUGGCAUCUUCCAGUAUGAGACCAUCUCCUGCAGCAACUGCACAGACUCCCACGUUAUCUGCUUUGGCUACUACUGCAAGUCAUCGACACAAUGGGAGUCAGCUGUACAGGGCCUUGUGAAAUACAUAAACACCUGGCACAAACAGGAUGUAAAGAUGAGAACUACCCCAGCCUUCCUUUCACCGAACAUAAAAUGUCUGGAACCUCAGCAUCUGAUCAACCUGACCUUGGAAGAUGCCUCUAAGUGUCUGACCCAGCACUGACAGUGGUUGCCAGCCCCCAACUUCGGUGGGGACCAGGACUCAGCUGCACUGUGGCAGCUUAUUCCUCUGGAGAGGCUAGCCAUUGCCUGCUUCAGGUCACCCCUCCCACUCCCAUGGAGCCCAGGCUGGGCCGGGACAGGGGAGGGCAGGGAGAUGGUCUUGUGUAAGAUAGUGGGGAACCCCCCAGGGCAGGGCCCUCUGAGAUAUUUUGAUUAAAGUGCCCUGACAUUUCUCA